AUGCGCUUCAUUCAGCGCGUGCGCGCGUGGGAGUUCCGCCACCAGCACACCGUUGUUCGCCUGCGCCGGCCGACGCGCCCGGAGAAGGCCCGCAUGCUUGGCUACAAGACGAAGCAGGGGUACUCGGUGUUUCGCGUGCGCGUGCGCCGUGGCGGGCGCAAGCGCCCGGUGCACAAGGGCAUCACAUACGGCAAGCCCAAAACGAGCGGCGUGUUGGGGGUGAAGCUCAACAAGAACAACCGCGCCAUCGCGGAGCAGCGGCUGGGCAGGAGGUACGGCAACCUCCGCGUGCUGAACUCGUACUGGGUGAACGCCGACUCCACCUUCCUCUGGUACGAGGUGGUGGCGGUGGACCCGAUGCACCGCACGAUCCGCCGCGACCCACGCAUCAACUGGAUCGUGAACGCAGUGCACAAGCACCGGGAGCAGCGCGGCCUCACGUCGGCCGGCCGCAAGCACCGCGGCCUCCGCCACAAGGGCCACAAGGCCUCGAAGCUACGCCCGUCCGUCCGUGCCGCAUGGCGCCGCAACAACCGCAUGGUGUUCCUGCGCAAGCGUUAG